AUGUCAACACUGAUUGUUGCUAUUGGGAAGGAGUUACAUGUGAUGCUUCUGGUCAUGUCAUUGGACUUGAUCUUAGUUACAAAAACCUUUCAGGCAGCUUUCACUCCAUUUUCGAUCUCCAUCAUCUUCAACGCCUUAACCUUGCUGGAAACAACUUCAACACCACUCUGCUUUCGUAUGGAGAAACCAAACUUCAAGACAUUGAUCAAGAAUUUGAGGAAUCUCAGAGAGCUCCAUUUGGAUGGAGUGGACAUUUCAUUUCAAAGCAGUGAAUGGUGUGAAACUAUUUCUUCUGUACUUUCCAACCUGCAAGUGUUGAGUCUGUCAAGUUGUGGUUUAAAAGGUCCAUUAUGUUCUUCACUGUCAAGACUUUCUGUUCUUUCCAAACUUGUCCUUAACCAUAAUCUAAUCUCUUCUUUACCUCCAAAUUUCUUGGAAAUUUCCUCUCGUCUGGUUUCUCUCAGUUUGCGAAAUUGCGAUUUAAGUGGGUCUUUACCAACUGAAAUCCUCUCAUUGCCAAAAAUUCAAGGAAUUGACCUUUCAUAUAAUGAGCAACUGAUGGGUCAGUUGCCAGAAUUUCCAUCAAACAGUGCUUUACGGAUUUUGUCUCUUUCUGGUUCAAAUUUCAGUGGGAAACUUCCUGAAUCAAUAGGCAACCUUAAGUUCUUGACAGAUUUAACUCUUAGUCGUUGUAAUAUUUUGGGAUCCAUUCCAUCAUCAAUUGCAAAUCUUAGUCGCUUGGUUAUCCUGGAUCUAUCAGGUAACAAUCUCAGUGGUUUAAUCCCUCCAUUUCAUAGAUUUGGAGUUCCAAAUCUUGCAUAUCUAUAUUUGGAUGGGAACAGGCUUUCUGGAUCAAUAAAUUCUUCUUUGUUUACCCUUCCAUCAUUGCGGAUCUUGUCUCUCGGAGAAAACCAAUUGAUUGGAAAAAUUGACGAGUUUCCUGAUGCUUCGUCUUCAUUGAUUGAGGAAUUAUAUUUAGGAAAUAAUGAUUUAGCAGGAAAAAUCCCAAAUUCAAUCCUUCAACUCCCAAGGCUUGAAUGGCUUUCUAUUGAGGGUAAUGACUUUAGUUCCUGGAAGCUUCCCUUGUUUGUUCAACUCAAGAAUUUAAGGGUUCUCGAUUUAUCGGAUAUAAGCUUGUUAAUUGAAAGUAACAACAGAUGUUUUACUUUUCCCAAAUUAGAGAUACUAUGGCUAAGGUCAUGCAACCUUACUGAAUUUCCAGAAUUCAUCAAAACACAAGAUAAGCUGACCAUCCUAGAUCUUUCUAACAACCAUAUCCAUGGUGUUGUGCCUAAUUGGUUGUGGAAGAACACUCUUUCUCAUGUAAACCUUUCUUUUAAUCCCAUUGAUUUUUCAAACCAGCUUGCUUUGACUGAUGCAAACUUCUCUUUGCCAAAUCUGAGGGGAUUAUGUCUGGACUCCUGUAACCUAAGUGCAUUUCCAGAGUUCUUAAGGAGUCUAGAAAACUUGGAAGAACUCAGCCUUUCGAAUAACCAAAUAAGUGGUGCAAUACCAAACUGGGUGUGGAAGAAAAGUUUAGUUCAUAUGCAUCUUUCUAAUAACCAUCUCUCAUCUUUGGACCAACAUUUACCGGACCGGAUUUCAACUCCUUUGCAAGCCUCUUUACUUCGACCUAUUUGUGAAAUGAGUCAUCUACGCACUUUCGUUGCAUCUCAUAACAAUUUGAGUGGCUCCAUUCCAAAUUGCAUAGGCAAUAUGAGUGCUCUCAUGUUCUUGGACCUACAAGGAAAUAACUUCAGUGGAAUCUUACCAGAAUUUUCAAAAGCAACCCAACUAAUGUUUCUCGAAGUCGGUGAGAAUACAUUAGAAGGGACGUUGCCAAGAUCACUGGAGAAAUGCACUGAGCUUCGAGUUUUGGAUGUGGGAAACAACAUGCUGCGUGAUACAUUCCCAUUUUGGUUGGAGAAAUUGCCUUCCUUAAAGUUUGUAAUAUUGCGGGAAAACAGAUUUUAUGGUCAAAUUAGACAGUUCAAAAACAAAAUUGCUUUCCCAGCUUUGGAUGUGCUGGACAUUGCUUCUAACGAGUUUUCUGGAGAAUUGGAAGCUGCCAAGAUCACUAGCCACUUGCUCUAA